UGAGCGAUACAAACACUGACAGUUGACACUGUCAAAGAAUGACCAAAAUAUAAAGUGUUGGUUACUCUAGAUCGCAAUAAAAAAAAGCAUUUUCAAGUUCAAACCCGAUAUUUAAACAAAAUAAGAUGCUGAAUAAGGUUUUACUUUCUUCCGAUGUCGCCUUGGUUUGUGUACAACAUGCAUUAUCAACGGAAAAAGAAGAAAUAAUGGGCCUGCUUCUUGGAGAGGUUGACAGCAAUGGAUCUUUGGUGUCAGUAGUGUCCUCUGUUAUUUUACGUCGUUUAGACAAAAAGCCCGAUCGAGUUGAAAUAUCGGAGGAACAGUUGGUACAAGCUACAUUGCGCGCAGAAGAAUUAGCUGCUGAAGUAAAUAGACCACUUAGAGUUGUUGGAUGGUAUCAUUCACAUCCUCAUAUCACAGUGUGGCCAUCCCAUGUUGAUCUUGCUACACAAUAUAUGUAUCAAAGAAUGGAUGCUAGUUUUGUUGGAAUUAUAUUUGCAGUAUUUCUUACCGAUCAGUCUACAAAAGCUCCUUCGAUUCAAAUAACAUGUUUCCAAUCCGUUAAUGAUGGGUCAAGUCAGAGUAGGAGGGAAAUUGAAAUGGAAAUAAUAAAUGAUAAUAACUCUUUAUUGUUAAACAACUUGGAGACUCUUACCCAAUUGCCAGCUAUAUUAAAAGAGGAAGAAGAUGAAUCUUAUACCAAUGAAGUGGGUCCAAAUGAAACUGAUGAUAUAAUUAACAGGCAACAUAAUGCAGCAGUGAGAACUAUUGCAAUAGGACAUAUUGUUGAUAAGAUGUCGAGACCUAUGCUAGAGGGUCUUGUAGCCAGAAAUACUCUAAACACAGUAAGGCUAAAAGCUCUAAAAAAGCAACAUCAGCAAAUGAUGUCCAAGUUGGAAAAUAUGCCCUGUAAUGUAUGAAGUUAAAAAAUACUGUAUGCUGACAAACCAUAUAAUAAAUAAUUACUGAUGAAAAACUA